AUGGCUACCCAUCGCUUCGAUCCUAAUUUCACCGACAACGUCGUCAACGCCAUCGGUCCUAAUGCCACCCCUCGGUUCCGCGGCCUCAUGGCCAGUCUCAUCCGCCACGUACACGACUUUGCGCGCGAGAACGAACUGACCGUCGACGAGUGGAUGGCCGGCGUGCAGCUCAUGAACUGGGCCGGACAGAUGAGCAACGACAAGCGCAACGAGGGACAAUUAGUUUGCGAUGUGAUCGGUUUGGAAUCGUUAGUAGAUGAAAUCACAUUCAAACUCGCCUCCGAAGCCGCCGACACACCCACCGCGACCGCCAUCCUCGGUCCCUUUUUCCGCGCAGACACGCCCUACCGACCCAACGGCGCGAACAUCCUCACGACGCCCGUCCCCGCCGGCGAAGGCGAGAUGGUCUUAAUGCACGGGCGGGUCGUCGACUUCGAGACCAAGACGCCGCUGGUCGGCGCGACCGUCGAGGUGUGGCAGGCGUCGACGAACGGGCUGUAUGAGCAGCAGGAUCCGGAGCAGGAGGAGUUUAAUCUGCGGGGGAAGUUUCGCACGGAUGAAGAGGGACGGUAUUGGUUUUAUUGUUUGAGGCCGACGCCGUAUCCGGUUCCUGAUGAUGGACCCGCCGGAAAAUUACUCAAACUGAUGGACAGACAUCCCUUCCGACCGGCUCAUAUCCACAUCAUUGCAACAUACGACAACUACAAACCCCUCACAACACAGAUCUUCGACCGCAAAGACCCCUACCUGACCAACGACUCCGUAUUCGCAGUCAAAGACUCCCUAGUAGUGGACUUUGUCGAGCGCAAGGAUGACCCCCAAGCGGGUCUUGAGCUGAAUUACGAUGUGAAGUUGGUGCCGAGUGAGGCGCGGAAAUAG